CUGGAAACGUGCUUGUCACACGGAAAACGCCACCAUGCUUGUGCCCGGUGGAAAGGCUUUUGUUGUAAAUUAUUUGCUUCUCACUGGGCCAUGCGCGACGAACUUGAGACUCAAGAUUGAUGGUAUUGUUUUAGCGGACACCCGGGAUAUGAUCCAGUGGAGCAACAUCACAACAUGGAUUUCCAUAGCCAGAGUUCACGACUUUAGCGUCGAAGGCUACGGUAUAAUCGACGGGCAAGGCGAAGAGUGGUGGAGAAUUUCGUGUAGACGUAACAGUUCGUAUGCGUGCCAGAAACAUCCCACAGCUAAGUUCUUGAUUCUUACACUUGCGUGGCGGCUGACUCAAACUAAACCAUUUUACAGGCAUUGUCAAUCAGAGCUUCGGCGAACAUCACAAUUCAGGAUCUCAAGUUUGUAAACAGCCCCCAAAUGCAUUUGGCGAUCGAGGAAAGCUCCAAUGUGAGCAUUAAAGGGGUGGAAAUCCUCGCUCCCCACGACAGCCCCAACACGGACGGCAUACACUUACACAUGAGCAACAACGUUUCUAUCGAGAAAUGCAUAAUUGGAACUGGUGAUGACUGUAUAUCUAUAGCAAAGAACACCUCCAACGUUGUCAUACGCGAAAUAAUUUGUGGGCCGGGCCAUGGAAUCAGUAUAGGGAGCCUUGGAAGGAACAAGACACCAGAGUUUGUGUCCAAUGUCAAGGUUGAGAAUUCGAUUUUGGAGAGCACCAAGUAUGGACUCAGGAUCAAAACAUGGCAGGGCGGCCAAGGAUUUGCGAGCAACUUCAGCUAUUACAACGUUGUGAUGAUGAACGUCCUUCAGCCCAUUAUCAUCGAUCAAUACUACUGCGAUGGGAACAGCUCCUUCUCCUGCGGCACAGAGGAACUGGAUGCUGUGAAAGUCAGCAAUGUUUCCUACUCGAACAUUAUGGGAACGUCGGCAAGCAGUGUGGCUCUUCGCUUCCAGUGCAGCCUGGGCAACCCCUGCUACAAUCUGGUGCUCGAGAACGUUUUUCUCAACCUCUCAAACGGCUCCACUCCAUCGGCAUUUUGCUUGAACGCCUUUGGCCAAAACAAAGGCCUCAGAUCAGAGUUGCGAGACAAGAAGACAAUGGUGGCUGUGAACGUUGACAGGUAUGUCGAUCUCCAGCGCAUGAUCAACGACAUGGUAGCUGACCAGGGCAGCAACGCUACCAAGAGCAUCCGGGUCAAGCAGUACGAUAGCUUCGACUACCCGGACUACGAUCACUGGGUGGCGACGAACAACAAGAGGGCUCUCAAGCCCGACUGCCAUUUCAUAGAGGACGAGGUGGCCCUGGAUCCACCCCAUGCCGACCGGAUCACACGGGCAGUGUCGCUGGCUCUCCAGCAAGAGGAGGAAGACAACAGGAAGCAAUUGGAAAAGGAAGUAAACUGCUACACAAGGCAAUGGGUACUGCAGCACCAGAGCAAGAAGCCUCGCCACUGA